ACCAAUGACUUCAUUAAGACUCUUCUAAUGCCACGUAUAUAACACCUUUCAAGGCACCUAAAAGCACACAGUAACAGCCACAGAGAUGGAGCCAGAACCCAGAAACGAUCAGAAAAAGCCUCAUGUGGUGUUUAUACCAUUUCCAACACAAAGCCACAUCAAGUGUAUGCUUAAACUAGCAAGGCUACUGCAUCACAAGGGCCUUCACAUAACCUUCGUCAACACCGAGUCAAACCAAAAGCGCCUUCUCAAGUACGGUGGGUUUCAUGGUCUAGCCGUGGCUCCUGGUUUUGAAUUCAAAACGGUUCCAGAUGGUCUCCCUUGUGAUGACGAUACCGAACCAAAUCAAACCGCAGAGCAACUGUUCCUGUACCUUUUGCCCAACUUCUUGGAUUCCUUUCUUCAUCUUGUAGACCAACUUGAAAUUCCACCAACUUGUAUUAUCUCAGAUGGCUUCAUGACAUUCACAAACACUGUUUAUGCUGCUGAGAAGCUCAAAAUCCCAAUCAUUCUUUACUGGACCCUUGCAGCUUGUGGGUUCAUGGUGACUUACCAGACAAAAGUUCUGACCGACAAAGGAGUUCUCCCACUUAAAGAUGAAGGUUAUUUGAAAAACGGGUACACUGAUACCGAAAUAGAUUGGAUUCCAGGAAUGGAAGGAACCCGUUUGAGGGAUCUACAAGAACAUGUGUUAGUCGCAAACCCCGAUGACCCCACAUACAAUUAUGUGUUGGAGUCAGCCCGGACAGCCGAUAAAGUUUCACACAUGAUCAUCCAUACAUUCGACGAAUUAGAAGCUAAUCUAGUCAAAGAGCUUAAAUCCAUCUUUCCUAAGAUCUACACAGUCGGACCUCUACAAUUACUUCUGAAUCAAAUCACAGAAAAUGAAACCCCAAAUUCAAGUUCUAAUGGCUAUAGUUUAUGGAAGGAAGAACCCGGGUGCAUCAAGUGGCUCGAGUCAAAGGAACCGAACUCAGUCGUGUAUGUCAACUUUGGGAGUCUAGCAGUAAUGUCUCUACAUGAUUUACUUGAAUUAGGUUGGGGACUUGUUAACAGCAACCAUUAUUUUCUUUGGAUAAUCCGGAAUGAUUUGGUAGAUGGUGGUUCGGCGGUUUUGCCGCUAGAAUUCAUGGUGGCAGUUAAAACAAGAGGCUUUAUAGCAAGCUGGUGUUCACAAGAAGAGGUGCUGAACCACCCUUCAGUUGGCGGGUUCUUGACCCAUGGUGGGUGGGGUUCGGUGAUCGAGAGCUUGUCGGCUGGUGUACCGAUGUUAUGUUGGCCGGUUUCUCAUGACCAAGGAAUCAAUUGUAGGCAAAUGUGUCGGAAUUGGGAGGUCGGAAUGGAGAUUGACCGGAAUGUGAAGAGGGAUGAAGUUGAAAAGCUUGUAAGGUCAUUAAUGGAGGGAAUUGAGGGGAAAAGGAUGAAGAAGAAAGCUAUGGAAUGGAAGAAAAUGGCGGAAUUAGCUACAGAUGUUGAUGGAUCAACUUUUUUGAAUAUUGAAGAACUUGCUAAUGAAAUCACCAACUUGUCGAGAAACUAGAUACCCAUUUCUUUCCAACAAAACUUUUUAGGGCUAUUUUUAUUAAUGAAAAUUAGGGCAUUCACAUC